ACACUCCGGGACAACUGGUGGCAGAGCUGGGAUCUGCACCCCGUGGACGGAGCAUCCUGCAGUGAGCGACAGGGGAGCAGGAAAACGAAGGGGGGUUGACGAGGACCAGGCCUGCUGAAGGCUCAGAGCGGAGCCAGGCUGAACGCCUGGGGGUGGGGGCCCAGCGAGAAGGGUCCCCCCGGCGAGCGGUUCCAGGGGCGGAGGAGUCGGCCCUGGGGGAGAGGUGGUGACCUGGAGAAGGGUGGGACAGUCGGGUUCUUCCUGGGAACCGUGGGGAGCUGAGAGCGCCCAGGCCUGCGAGUGUCCAGCGGGGAGAUGUAUCAGCAGCGCCUUACGGGGGAGCUGGGGGAGCUGUGCCGGCAGAGGCGGCUGCGCAUUGGGAAGCUCACCAAAGCCCAGCUGAUCGCCCAGCUGCAGGAGGACGAUGUCCCUGUCUCCGAGGGAAGCCGCCCGGCAGAUGCAGGCUGGGCACCGGCGUCUGUCCCGGCUGGGAGGGGUCAGACUGAUCCCAAGGGCACCCCAGGGCCCCUCCGACCUGUGCCUAGGGGCGGGGCUGGAAGGAGCCAGGCGAACCCUGGGGGCACCGUGACCCCCGCGUCCAGCAGGGGAUCCUCACGACCAAGCUCCCCAUCGCUGGAGCUGAGGCGGCUGGAAUGGGAGAGGGAGUUAAAACUGAAGGAGCCGGCGGAUGAGGAGAAGGAGCCAGUGGCUGAGGGGAAGGAGCCGGAGGCUGAGGAGAAGGAGCCAGAGGCUGAGAAGGAGCCGGCGGAUGUGGAGAAGGAGCCAGAGGCUGAGAAGGAGCCGGAGGCUGAGGAGAAGGAGCCAGAGGCUGAGAAGGAGCCGGCGGAUGUGGAGAAGGAGCCGGCGGAUGAGGGGAAGGAGCCAGAGGCUGAGAAGGAGCCGGCGGAUGUGGAGAAGGAGCCAGAGGCUGAGAAGGAGCCAGAGGCUGAGGAGAAGGAGCCAGAGGCUGAGAAGGAGCCGGCGGAUGAGGGGAAGGAGCCAGAGGCUGAGAAGAAGGAGCCGGCGGAUGAAGAGAAGGAGCUGGAGGAUGAGGAGAAGGAGCCGGAGGCUGAGGGGAAGGAGCCGGCGGAUGAGGAGAAGGAGCUGGAGGAUGAGGGGAAGGAGCGGGAGGAUGAGGAGAAGGAGCUGGCGGAUGAGGAGAAGGGGAAGGGGCCGGCGGAUGAGGGGAAGGAGCUGGAGAAUGGGGAGAAGGAACCGGUGGAUGAGGGGAAGGAGCCGGCGGAUGAGGAGAAGGAGCCGGCGGAUGAGGAGAAGGAGCGGGAGGAUGAGGGGAAGGAGCCAGUGGAUAAGGAGCAGGAGGAUGAGGGGAAGGAGCCAGAGGAUGGGGAGAAGGAGCCUGAGGAGAAGGAGCCAGAGGCUGAGGAGCAGCAUGAGCUGGAGCUGGCCAGGCCGAGGAGCAGAGAGCCCCCGGCUGCUGUGAGCGAGGGGGGACCCAGGACUGCCUGGAGCUUUGAUCGGCGCAUCCUGUCCCGGUCCGUGGGGAUGCACAGCCGAAUGGAAGGGGCGGAGGCAGAGGACUAUGAACUGUUCAAACAGGCCCUGCUCCGCGGGUUGGGGCUGACGCCCGAGGCGAACCGGGAAAAGAUCCGGGGUCUGCGUAAAACCCCCGAGGUCCCGUAUCUGGAACUGGCCCUCCGCAUGUAG